AUGAGUCGAGAGGCGCAGAAGCACGCUAACGAGCGAGCUUAUGCGGCCGUCUUCUCGCGGACAAAGGCGGCGGCGGAGGCCAAUCACUCGGAGUUCUUCCGUCAGAUUUCCAGUCGCAUCACCGCCAACCAGGGUACGGAUCCAACCUCGGACACGUCUCCCGGCUAUGCCAAGCAGAAGGCGGUGGUGGCAGCGAAGCUGGAGACGUUUACAGAACAGUACAUCGGUGCGCUCGGCCUCGCCACCGACAUCGACAAGUUCCUUUCGCCAACCGGCCCGAAGUUGGAACAGGAUCGGGCGUUUUUGAGAACCCUCCUUGAGUUUCUCGCCCGCCCAGAGGAUGCGUCCGCGAGCCUCUCUAUCGAGACGGUGCGCGGACGCAUGGUCGAGGUGGUGCGCCAGCUCGAGGAGAGGCUGAGCCGUACGGUCCCCAGGGCCGUACGGAGGGACUUGACCCGGUAUCUCGAGGGGGACCUGCGGGAGGAUGCGGGUCUCUUAGACCCCAUCCCCCGCAUGGAGACGUCGGUGGAGGACAUCUUGCAUCUCAUGCAAUACGGGAUCUUCGGGGGCGGCUUCGUCUUUAAGUCGCCCCGCGACCGGCUACAGAUGCUGACCCUCCUGGCCACGCUUUGUAGCACAGGUGCCCGACCGGGGGAGAUCGUCGUCUCGGACGGCUACGAGGCGAGCAACGACGCCCUCCAGUACAAAGACUUACGCUUCCGCCUGCAAAAGGUCAGCAACAGCAACCCAACGAUUCACCUGGAUCUGACGAUACGGAACGAGAAGGGACAUCGCGGGGACCCGACAGCUUACCGGAUCCAAUCCAUCUACAGCGCCCCUUGGAUCCCGUUGGCGCUGGAUGCAGCCACGCUCUUGCUCAUUCUGGCCGUGCAAGACGGUGCGCUUGUCGACAUCGACAACCUCGGCGCCGUAUCGAGGAUCCCGGCAUCUGCGUUCGAGCCGUCCGGGUUUGUCGACCUCCCCAUCAAGGCCACGAUGCGCGAGACGCUCGUACUCCGCCAGAUCGACCACAAGCCGGGCGCCCGCGGAUACACGGUCGAUCCGGUAGCUGGGCUGCGCUACAGCAGCGUUGCGUGUGACCUCCGCCACGUUGCCAUCGCGGCCGAGAUGGCUGGGUUUGUCUUCUACGACAUCCGCCGCAUGGUCUUCAACGCUCUGCACCGACCGGACGUGCCGGAAGCCGACGCGCAGUUUGCCAUGGGCCACAGACCAGGCACCGACACGAUGCGCAAGCAUUACCUGACAAAGCGAACGGGAGUCGACGUCGUCGGUCUGGUGGUGCGGGGCGAGCAGGUGCCCAUGGCUGAGUUCCGCCAGCCUCGGGGCUUUGGCCGUUCCAUGUACCCGGAGCUGACGGCAGAAGAGGAGGCCCAGCUCGAGGACGAUCCCAGCCUCGCCCCGCUCAACGCACGCAUCGCCGAGCUCUCUGUCGAUCCUCGCCUCGAGCUGCCACCCGCUGCCGACGAGCCAGCUGCCGGUCCCCUGGGGCUCGACCUGGAAGUGCAGCUCGCAGAAAGGCUCAAAGAGCGCAAAAGCUUGGCGGACAAAGUGCGCUACCGCAGAAAGAGGCUCCGACACGAGGCGCGACUCGCCAAGGGCGCCGCGAUGCAGGAGGCCGAGCGCCGCCGCCGCUUGGCUGUCGGUCCCGCCACCCUCGAGGAGAUCACCGACGAUGAAGAGGUCGCAAGCACGCAAGACGCGGUGCUCGAGCAGGCUGCGCCGGGCCCCGUCGAGCAGCCAGCUGCGGCGUCGGCUCCAGCAACGGGCUCGGUUACGGAUGGCGCCCAGGGCGUCGAAGACACCGAUGACAAUCCUUCGCUCGAUACCUGGGCCGCACUGAGGUCAGAUGGCAGCGAUCCUCGCGCUUCUUCCCUGGCGACCGCGUUCGCCAGCAUCUCUGCUGCCACCUCCGGGAAGCACGAGGCCCCUUGCGAUGUGACCGCCAUCUUUGCCACCACAGAUGCCCACGCCGCCAUCGCAGAACGUUCCGACCCCCUCCUCAACGCGUCGGGCACCAAGACCGCCGCCUGGAGCGAGAUCUGCGAGGGCUGCGGCCAGCCGCCGCCGGGUCUCGACCGCCGCAACCAGUGGUCGCACGUCGAGGGUUGUGUGCGCAGCCUGAUCGAAAGCGAGGCCGCAAGUACAAUCGCCGGCAUCGUCGCCGGCGAGGGCUGCGCUGUCUCUGAGUGCAGCCACGUCUUUGCGGCCUCCUAUGAGCACGAGGGUGCCGCCACAGCGGCGCACGAGCACAUCCGGGCUCAUAUCGACUCGAAGCUUCGCAAGAACGCCAGGCUGGCGUGCAACGUCGUCGACGGCGCCGACUCGCGCUGCAGCUUUGCCGUCUCCAACGGCAAGGAGUCCUUGCUCGCGUCCGACGCAGAAAGGGCUCUCUUUCUGGCCCACCUCGAGGCUGCCCAUGGCUUGUCCAUGGCGGAUGCCACCUUCUGUCACCAGCACGACGUCUGGCUGAUUGGCACCGUGGCGAUCGAGGCGCACUUCGCUCAGGACGUGGCGCAAAGGCUCGAGCACCUCGACAGCACCGACAUCUCUGGCCACCAUUGUCCGAUCUGCCUGAUCGACGCCUACUUGCGUCCAUCCAAGAGGGACAAGUACUUCGCCACUACCCACCUGGUGGAAGAGCACGUCGCAGUCCACCACGUCGUCAACGUCCGCGAAGAGGUUCGCACCUGCGAGCUCUGCGAUACCCUGCACGCCGCCAUCGACUUCCCACAGCAUCUGAUCGAGGACCACGGCAUUGCGCUCUGCGGCCGUGGCGACGAUGGCAAGCCCCGUUCCUUUUACGACGAGCCCGACAAGCUCUUCGCCAAGACGGACGGGAUGAGAGAGAACUUCCUGCUCUUUGUGGGCAGCGGACACGAGGUCGAAACGGGAUCCUCGGCCCUGCGUCGCUCCUGGGGCAAGAUCCGCAACCGUUCGGCGGUGCAGGCCAUCGCGGCCUCCUCGUCAUCGAGAGCGCAAAGGCAGACAAGGGCGGGCCUCGAUGACGAGGCGAGGGCAGAGCAGAGGAGGGCGAAAAGGGCGGAGGAGCGAGUGCGCGAGGAGGAGGAUCCGAGCCUCCGGGAGGAGCGCCUGGAGCGGGGAAAGGCGGAGAGGGCACGCAGGCGGGCUCGGGAGGAGGAUGAUCCGGUCCUGCGGGAGCAGCGCCUGGAAAAGGAGAGGCAGAGGUGGAAGGAGCGGGACGAUGAGGUGGUGGAGAGGCGGCGGGUUCAGGACAGAGAGAGGAGAGAGCGCAAGACGGAGGAGGAGAAAGAGGUCCAGAGGGAGAAGGAUCGAGCCCGCUACCCGGCGCGAAAGGAGGCCCUGAUCACUCAACAGAAGGCCAAGCGAGCGGCCCGAAACGACGAGGAGCGGGCCGAAGACGCCCGCAAGGCCAAGGCCCGGAGGAUUGCGCCGACGGCCGAGUCGAAGGCGGCCAAGGCCGCCUACGACAAGGCACGCAAGGCCGCAAGGAGCCCAGAAGAAAAAGCGGAGGCGCUGCGGAAGCGCCGGGAGUACCGCGCGAGGACCAACACGCCGGAAAAGAAGGCGAAGCACGCGCGGGAGGAACGGGAAAAACGCGCAGCCAAGAAGGCCGGUCCUGCGGUCGCGAGCAGCAGCAGGAAGACGGCCAGCAAGGACGACGAGGCCAAGAAGGCCGGUCCUGCGGUCGCGAGCAGCAGCAGGAAGACGGCCAGCAAGGACGACGAAGCCGACUAUGAGGAGGAGGAGGAGGAGGACGACGACGACGACGACGACGACUAG